ACACACACACACAGUGUGGAGAGCAGGGGUGUAUAUAAGGGGUGUCUCUCUGAGCGGAGAAGUUCCUCCAUCCCUUUCUCACACACACUCCUCCAACUCUCUCUCUCUGUCUCCAUCUCUUUACUGACGAUGACUGCAGGGUUGUGUAUGUGUGUUCUGCUGGUGGUCCUGUGCACUAGCUGUUCAGGACGCGCCCACUUCUCUCCCCCCCUCCAAGAGGGCAGCCCUGCCCUGCCCCCUCCCUCUGAAGCACGUCUCGAAACCAAAGCCCACUUCCUCUCCGAGCCAUACCUCAGACAUACUCACUCCUCUCCUUUGGUCAAUACCAACCCAUAUAUGGGAGAAGGCAGAAACUCCAGAGCCAAACUCAGUGAACUGUUGGCUAGACUCAUCUCCUCACAGAAAGGUUACAUCAGUGGGAACUCAACAGUGAAGAGCAGAGCCAGCGGUCUCAGUGCUAACCACCUGAUAAAAAACCGAGACUACACCGGGUGGAUGGACUUUGGCCGCCGCAGCGCAGAAGAAAAGGAGCACUCCUCGUAGAAAAGUAGUCCCUCUCCACAAGAAAAGAACAAGUCACUGUCUCGUCAUGAGAGUGUAUUUAUUCUGUAUUUGAUGUACAUUUCUUUGUAAACACCAUAUGAUGCAAUAUACAGCAUCUACAGUGACAAGAACAAGUUUGUGAACCUCUUGGAAUUACCUGGAUUUCGGCAUAAAUUGGUCAUCAAAUUUGAUCUGACACAGCGUGCUUAAACUAAUAACACGCAAAUAAUUGUAUUUUUCUUGUCUAUAUUGAAUACAUAAUUUAAACUUUCCCAGCGUAGGUUGGGGAAAGUAUGUGAACCCCUAGACUAAUGACUUCUCCUAAAGCUAAUUGGAGUCAGGAGUCAGCUAACCUGGAGUCCAAUCAAUGAGACGAAAUUGGAGAAUUUGGUUAGAACUGCCCUGCCCUAUUCACAAGGAUCAUUGCCUGAUCUGAACCAAGCCUCGAACAAAAGAGAUCUCACAAGACCGAAUAUUAACAAUUGUUGACCUGCAUAAAGCUGGAAAGUGUUAUAAAACUAUCUCUAAAAGCUGUGAUGUUCAUCAGUCCACGGUAAGACAAAUUGUCUAUAAAUAGAGAAAGUUCAGCACUGUUGCUACUCUCCCUAGGAGUGGCCAUCCUGCAAAGAUGACUGCAAGAGCACAGUGCAGAAUGCUCAACGAAGUUAAGAAGAAUCCUAGUGUCAGCUAAAGAUUUACAGACAUUUCUGGAACGUGCUAACAUCUCUGCUGACGAGUCUAUGAUACAUAAAACACUAAACAAGAAUGGUGUUGGUGGGAGGGCACCACAGAAGAAGCCACUGCUGUCCAAAAAACAUUACUGCACGUCUGAAGUUCGCUAAAGUGCACCUGGAUAUUCCACAGCGCUACUGGCAACAUAUUCUGUGGAUAGAUGAAACUACAGUUGAGUUGUUUGGAAGGAACACACAACACUAUGUGUGGAGAACAAAUAGGCACAGCACACCAACAUCAAACCCUCAUCCCAACUGUAAAGUCUGGUGGAGGGAGCAUCAUGGUUUGGGACUGCUUUGCUGCCUCAGGGCCUGGACAGCUUGCUAUCAUCGACGGAAAAAUUAAUUCCCAAGUUUAUCAAGACAUUUUGCAGGAGAAUGUAAAGCUAUCUGUCCGCCAAUUGAAGCUCAACUGAAGUUGGGUGAUGCAACAGGACAACGACCCAAAACACAGAAGUAAAUCAACAACAGAAUGACUUCAUCAGAAGAAAAUACACCUUCUGGAGUGGCCCAGUCAGAGUCCUGACCUCAACCCCAUUGAGAUGCUGUGGUAUGACCUCAAGAGAGCAGUUCACACCAGACAUCCCAAGAAUAUUGCUGAACUGAAACAGUUUUAUAAAGAGGAAUGGUCCAAAAUUCCUCCUGACCGUUGUGCAGGUCUGAUACGCCACCACAGAAAACGUUUGGUUGAAGUUAUUGCUGCCAAAGGAGGGUCAACCAGUUAUUAAAUCCAAGGGUUCACAUACUUCUCCCACCCUGCACUGUGAAUGUUUACACAGUGUGUUCAAUAAAGACAUGAAAGCGUAUAAUUGUCUGUGUGUUAUUAGUUUAAGCAGACUGUGUUUGUCUGUUGUUGUGACUUAGAUGAAGAUCAGAAAUACAGGUAUUUCCAAAGGGUUCACAUACCUUUUCUUGCUACUGUACAUCUGCCACAUUUAGCAGAAAGGCUUUUCUGUCCUGGCUUUUGGUCUGUUUAUGGUUUUGGAGGGAAUUGUAUGGAAUAUAAAAAGGUCAGGUGUGGAUGGAAAGAGACAAACAUGGAUCAAUAAAAGUUGAGAAUGUACAGUAUUUCAACAGAAGUUCCCAAAGAUACACACACACACACACACACAUAAACACACACACAUAAAAGUAUGGACACACAGAUAACAACUUACACACGCGUCAACCAUAUAAUAUACUCGUGGUAUAACCUCAAGACUUUAGAAAUUAAAUUAGUGAAAAGUGGCCCAUUAUAGCACAUCAAGUUGGUAGAAUACACAGCUCUACUCCUCUAGAACCACAGUCCGGCUGCUUUUCAGUUCUCUCAAUUAACCAAUUACUAUAAUUUAUUUAAUUAUUAAGGCCAUCGACAUAACAAACCACCAAUAUUAGGAACAGUUCACAAAGUGAGACUUUAUAAAUGAGAAAGGAGUAUCCCGUAGCCAGAUAGCAUUCACUUUAAAUUAUCAUUCAGUUUGGCCCCUAAGACGAGGUUCCUAUCUCGUUCCUGUUACUCCUAGCACAAAAACAGCAACUCGACCAAUGGCAUAAAUCAAUGGUGAACUCCAGACACUACCACACACACACACACACACACACACACACACACACACACACACACACACACACACACACACACACACACACACACACACACACACACACACACACACACACACACACACACACACACACACACACACACACACACACACACACA